GCCAGUGGCAAGACUUGGGAGCUUAGGAUCCUGACUCCAGUCCUGGUCUGGGGCAAGUUAUCUGAGUGUCCCUAGGCACACCCUUUCCUUCUCUGGAAUGUUUUCCUGUCUGUGAAGCAAUGACUUGGACAAUGCUUCAACCUCGAUGUCAUGGGUUGCUUCCCCACCGCUCUGUCCGGCCCCUCUCUCCCCUCUCUCCAGAAGGAGCACUUCAUCUAGAUACUGACAGCCGGGUGCUAUUUACAGCUGACCUGACGGUCUCUUGCUCCUCCCACACUGGGCUUCUCUUGGCUGGGGCCCAGUGCUGCUUGCACAGUUUGACUUUAGCGUGGCUCAAGUCUUGCUUCUUUGGCUCUGUCUCCUAGAAAGCAGCCAUGCCCAGGGGAGGACACUCGCCUCACUGCAGGAGACACGAUCUGAAGUGCUUCCCCUCUGCUCCUACCUGCCAGAUCUGGAAAGCUCAGACCUUCCCAGCCCGGAGGACCCCUGGGUCAUCACCACUGCUGUGCCGUGACAUGGCUCUGCAAAAUGCACUGUACACUGGGGACCUGGCAAGGCUGCAGGACCUGUUUCCCCCUCACAGCACGGCUGACUUGCUGCUGGAGAGCCGGUCAGCUGAGCCUCGCUGGAGCAGCCACGAGAGGGGACUCUGGUCUCUGACAUUUGAAGAGGAACUGACCACUCCACUGCACGUGGCAGCCAGCCGUGGCCACACUGAAGUUCUUCAGUUGCUGCUAAGGCGCCGAGCAAAGCCAGACAGUGCCCCCGGGGGCCGCACUGCCCUGCAUGAGGCCUGUGCUGCGGGUCACGCCGCCUGUGUGCACGUGCUGUUGGUGGCUGGAGCAGACCCCAACACUCCUGACCAAGAUGGCAAACGCCCUCUGCAUCUCUGCCGGGGGCCUGGUAUCCUUGAGUGUGUAGAGUUGCUCCUGAAGUUUGGGGCACAAGUGGACGGUCGGUCUGAAGAUGAAGAGGAGACCCCUUUGCACGUAGCUGCCCGGCUUGGCCACGUGGAACUAGCAGAUCUGCUCCUGAGAUGGGGUGCAUGUCCUCAUGUUCGAAAUUCUGAAGGUUGGACACCACUGCUGACUGCCUGUGACGCCCGCUGCCAAUCCCCAGUGGAUGCCGAGGCCACCGCCAACCGCUGUUUUCAACUGUGCAGCUUGCUGCUGUCGGUGGGGGCAGAUGCUGAUGCUGCCAACCAGGACAAGCAGAGGCCCCUGCACCUGGCCUGCCGCCAUGGCCACUCAGCCGUUGUACAACUGCUCCUUUCCUGUGGCGUCAGUGCUAAUGCCAUGGACUAUGGGGGACACACGCCUCUGCACUGUGCUCUGCUCGGUCCAACUACAGCACUGGCCCACAGCCCUGAACACAUCGUGCGGGAUCUACUCAAUUAUGGUGCAGUCAGAGUGUGGCCAGGGGCACUCCCCAAGGUGCUGGAUCGCUGGUGCAUGUCGCCACGCACCAUCGAGGUCCUGAUGAACACAUACCGUGUAGUUCAGCUUCCUGAGGAGGCCAAGGGCUUGGUGCCACCUGAGAUCCUACAGAAGCACUGUGGAUUCUACUCUUCCCUCUUCGCUUUGGUGAAGCAACCCAGGUCGCUGCAGCACCUCUGCCGCUGGGCGCUCCGCACUCACCUGGAGGGCCGCCUGCCCCACGCCCUUCCACGGCUACCCCUGCCACCGCGCAUGCUCCGCUACCUGCAGCUGGACUUUGAAGAUCUGCUCUACUAGAUGUGCACUACCCUGCGAACAAAGCAGACUUCCCAAGGGGCAUCUCUCAGAGAUAAAUGACUCCAGGCGGGUUAUUCCCAGCCAAGGCCCACCUUCAAGUCAGUAAUGGAUGUCUUGAUGCACACUUGAGGGAAGAGGCCCGAGCAGCAUCCAGCUGGUAGUGGUGCAGAGAAGGCCCCUGUGCAAAACUGUGUGUGCAUUGGAAAUCUCUAGGCUGAAGCCCAGAGCGAUGGUGCAGGUGUUAUCUUAGUCCUUGAGAGGUAAAAGCAGGAGGGUGGAUUGUGCUA